AUGAACGCAUUCAAAGAAGGUUGGUUCUCUGAACUCUCAGAAGAAAUGUGGCCUGGUGAAGCUGCCAGUUUGAAGGUCAAACAAGUAUUGCAUCAUGAAAAGUCUCAAUUCCAAGAUAUUUUGGUGUUCGACAGUGAGACUUAUGGAAGAGUUUUGGUUUUGGACGGAGUCAUUCAAUGUACAGAACGUGAUGAAUUCAGUUAUCAAGAAAUGAUGGCUCAUCUUCCAUUGGUUGCUUUGAAUCACGAACCAAAGAAGGUCUGCGUCAUUGGAGGAGGAGAUGGUGGUGUUGUUCGUGAAAUUCUCAAGCAUCCAUCCAUUGAAGAGAUUCACUUGUGCGAAAUUGAUGAAGGAGUCAUCAAUGCUUCCAAGAAAUUCCUUCCUCACAUGAAUAUGGCUUUCAACAGUGAAAAGUUGAAGGUACACACCUAUGAUGGUGCUGUUUUCUUGAAGAAUCAUAAGAAUUGCUUUGAUGUUGUGAUUGUGGAUAGUUCGGAUCCAGUUGGUCCAGCUGAAUCUUUGUUCGGACCUGAAUUCUACAAGACUUGCAAAGAAGCCUUGAACGAAAAGGGAAUUUUGUGCACUCAAGCCGAGUCUAUUUGGCUUCACUUGGAUAUCAUUUCCAAGAUGAAGGACUUUAUUGUGGAUAUCUUCCCAAAGGUUUCCUACGCUUAUACAUCAAUUCCUACCUAUCCAUCUGGUGUGAUUGGAUUCUUCUUGUGUUCCAAGGAUUCUGAAAAUGAUUGCAAGGAACCAAAGAGAAUGGAUUGGUGCCAGAGUGCUGCUGAUUCCUUGAAGUACUACACUCCUCAAAUUCAUAAGGCUAGUUUUGUGUUGCCUGCUUUUGCUGCUAAGAAGUUGAAUGUUUAA